CUGCUCCGUCAAGCUGAGGAGGAUAAAACCCAUAGGAGGAGAAAGGAGUGUGUGAGCAAGCGAAGUAGCGAAAAUGGUGCAGCGUCUUGUUUACCGUUCGCGUCACAGCUACGCCACCAAAUCGAACCAGCACAGGAUCGUCAAAACCCCAGGUGGUAAAUUGACGUACCAGACCACGAAGAAGAGAGCCAGUGGACCGAAAUGCCCCGUGACCGGCAAGCGUAUUCAGGGUAUCCCACACUUGAGGCCUUCUGAGUACAAGAGAUCCCGAUUAUCCAGAAACAGGAGGACCGUGAACCGUGCUUAUGGUGGAGUUUUGUCCGCCUCUGCUGUUAGAGAAAGAAUCAUCCGUGCUUUCCUUGUGGAGGAGCAAAAGAUUGUGAAGAAGGUUUUGAAGCUGCAAAAGGCCAAGGAAAAGGUUGCUCCCAAGAGCUAGAUUCCUAAUAGUUUUUCUUAAAAAUGUUUUUGUGGCGCUCUGUUCUCUAGCGAAUAGUUUACUGGUUGCAAAGUUUGGGAGAAACAUUGUGUACUCGUUCCAAAAUUCUUAAGCUUUUUGUAUUCGUUUUUCCUUCUUGACUCUGCCGACAUUUCGCUUGCCCUUCGGUUUUGCUUUCUCGUUUAAUUUCUGAGUAAAUCGAUACUCAUUUUAUUGACAAUGCAAA